CCAGUAGCAGACAGCACGUUGAACGCAUGCGUUCUGAGGGAAGCUAAGAAAAGGAUCUGCUGGCGGGUCGCGUCGGAGACAUGGAGCAAGGCUACGGAGGCUAUGGGGCAUGGAGUGCUGGACCUGCCAACACCCAGGGUACAUAUGGAGGUGGUAUGGCCAGCUGGCAAGGUUAUGAAAACUACAACUACUACAACGCCCAGAACACCAGUGUCCCUGCAGGAACACCCUAUAGUUAUGGCCCAGCCUCAUGGGAGGCCACCAAGACCAGUGAUGGUGGCCUGGCAGCUGGGAGCUCUGCCAUGCAUGUGGCCUCUUUUGCCCCAGAGCCAUGUACUGACAACUCUGACUCGCUCAUUGCCAAGAUCAAUCAACGUCUGGACAUGUUGUCCAAGGAAGGAGGCAGGGGUGGGAUCAGCAGCGGUGGGGAGGGCAUGCAGGACCGAGACAGCUCCUUCCGCUUCCAGCCAUACGAGUCCUAUGACUCCAGGCCCUGUAUACCUGAGCAUAAUCCCUACCGUCCCAGCUACAGUUAUGAGUAUGACUUUGACUUGGGAACUGACCGCAAUGGUAGCUUUGGUGGGACAUUCAACGACUGUCGGGAUCCAACCCCAGAGCGGGGCUCCCUUGAUGGUUUCUUGAGGGGCCGAGGCCAAGGCCGCUUCCAGGACCGGAGCAGCUCCAGCACCUUCCUACGAAGUGACCCCUUCAUGCCACCCUCAGCCCCCUCGGAGCCCUUAUCCACUACCUGGAAUGAGCUGAACUACAUGGGUGGACGUGGUCUAGGUGGGCCCUCCACCAACAGGCCACCUCCUUCCCUCUUCUCCCAGUCCAUGGCCCCUGACUACAGCAUGGUGGGCAUGCAAGGGGUGGGUGGUUUUGGUAGCACCAUGCCUUAUGGAUGUGGCCGGUCCCAGACUCGGAUACGGGAUUGGCCCAGGAGGAGAGGGUUUGAACGCUUUGGACCAGACAACAUGGGCAGGAAGCGGAAACAGUUUCCAUUGUAUGAAGAACCUGAUGCUAAACUGGCCCGUGCUGACAGUGAAGGAGAUGUAUCUGAAAACGAUGAUGGAGCUGGUGACUUACGGUCAGGAGAUGAAGAAUUCAGGGGGGAGGAUGAAUUCUGUGACUCCAGGAAGCAGAGAGGAGAAAAGGAGGAUGAGGAUGAGGAUGUGAAGAAGAGACGGGAGAAACAAAGGAGAAGAGACAGAAUGCGGGACCGAGCAGCUGACAGAAUUCAGUUUGCCUGUUCUGUAUGCAAGUUUCGUAGCUUUGAAGAUGAAGAAAUUCAAAAGCAUUUGCAAAGUAAAUUUCACAAAGAGACCUUGCGAUUUAUAAGCACCAAACUGCCCGACAAGACAGUAGAAUUUCUCCAGGAGUACAUCAUAAACAGGAAUAAGAAAAUUGAGAAACGGCGUCAGGAGUUGUUAGAGAAGGAAAGCCCUAAACCCAAACCAGAUCCAUUCAAAGGGAUUGGCCAGGAACAUUUCUUCAAAAAGAUUGAAGCCGCACAUUGCCUAGCCUGUGACAUGCUGAUUCCCGCACAGCACCAGCUCCUCCAGAGACAUCUGCAUUCUGUGGACCACAACCAUAAUCGAAGGUUGGCUGCUGAGCAGUUCAAGAAGACAAGUCUCCAUGUGGCUAAGAGUGUUCUGAACAACAAACAUAUAGUGAAGAUGCUGGAAAAAUACCUCAAGGGCGAGGAUCCUUUUGUCAAUGAAACUGCUGAUCUUGAGACAGAAGGAGAUGAAAAUGUAGGAGAGGAGAAGGAGGAGACCCCAGAGGAGGUGGCUGCAGAAGUCUUAGCAGAGGUGAUCACAGCCGCAGUGAGGGCUGUAGAGGGGGAAGGAGAACCGGCUGCAGAGCACAGUGAAGUCCUGGCUGAGGUGGAAGGGCCUGUGCACACAACAGAGGCCAGUAGUGACCCUCACACUGAAAAUCUACUAGAAGAGCAGACCUGUGAAACAGCAUCUGAAGCCAGCAACAUCAGAGACAAGUCCAGAGGUGAGGCUGCUGAGGCCAGAAAUGAAGCAGCCAUGCCAGUAGCAGACACAGGAAGCACGUUACCUGUCAUAGCUAUCCCAGGAAUCAUGGAAGAUGAGCUGGAACAAACUGACGCAGAGUCCAAAGAUAUUCCCAGAGAAUGAUCUUUUCUUCCCUGUUCCAAGGGAUCUGUCAUAUCAUGUGUUCUUUUUGUUUUAUAAGCUGUAUUAGAGUGUGUGUUAUUUGGUGGAACGACUGGGCUAUUUCCUUCCCAGUGUACCUCAAGGAUUGAUGCUAUACUGUAGAUGGCUUCCCACCUCUGUUAGAAUACAAAAAGAGGUAAACUGUUUUCCCAAGUGGCCUUUGAUGGCUAUCUGUGCACUGCAGUUAGAAUAAUAAAAGUAGAUCUUCCUGAUACUUGUCCUAGAAUGGACAGAAUGUGAGGAUUUGUUUUGUGUUGUGUUUUUGUUUGGUCUUUGUUUCACUUUAUUUUGCUUUUUCUCUUGGAAAACAAUCUGAUAGAAAUAUAACUUGCUUGAGAAGAAUUUUUUUUUUAAUUAUUUAGAGGAAUUCCCUUAAUCACCUAUGCAUGGUUGAUGUGGGACAUACACAAUUCAACCAUCCAUGUGCGCAAGAGCUGAGAUUGUGCCCCCACACCAAUAAACAGUCCUGCCUGUUUCAGUAAACAUCAGGCCAUUUUUUAAGGCCUUUAUUUCAGCUUUGGCAUUGAAAUAGCAUCUUGCUUGGCCUCUGGAGUACUCGGGCCAUGUGUGUACAACCAUGCUCAGCUGGGCUUUGGUUUUAUAAUACAUUGUAUUCUAUUUUCCUCACCAGAUGUGGCAGCAUCCUGUUAACUUUAGACAGUUGGCAUGAUAUGGCAGUGGCCUUGGCCUGUGUAUCAGACAGUCCCUCAAGCUGUUCCAUUGGGAAGCAUAUUCACCGGAGCCUCUAGAAUGAAGACCCUGCUAAGGCAUUGGUUCUCACUGUUCGGGGCUUUCUAAUCAGUUUGAUGUUUGUGUUCCACCUCUAUUACUGCAGGAUUAUGUGGGUUUGGUUUGGUUUGGUUUUUUCUUAAUUUUGUUAUUUCCAUCUAAAAGCAUGUAGGGAAAAAAAACAAACAUGAAAUUACUCCAUUGAUGAAAAACAAAUUUAAACUUCCCAUAGAUGAGAUCCAUCUAUAAAAAGCUCGUGCAGUUAAGUAAAGAUGUUUCAUUUUAAGCAAAUAAUAUUUCUUUGGCAGUUCGAAAUCUGAGAAAGGGAGACUUAGCAUGUACUAAGUUCUAUAGGCUCAGAAUGAUGGGUUUUUGCCCCCUUUUGAAAUUACAGUGCUGUGUCAUCAUUGACUGUACACAGCUCAAAUCUUGGAAAGAUCAGCCAGUGAGGAAUUUUUAUUAAAAAGGCAAUAAAAUACUGCAGCAAUUUCAUCAGCAUGUCUCUCAAGGAGGAUUACUAGGGGAUAUGAGAUGAACUUUGGGAAUAUCAAUGUCAAAACAAGCAAUAAAUUGAUGCCACGGACA